GAAUGAGGCACUAACUGGCUCGCUUCCCUCGGUCCUCGAACGAGCUGCGGCUUUAUCGUCGAGCCCGGAGUCGUCGCGCAGACGCCCGACGCUUUAUUCACCGCGCGCUCACAAUAAAGCAAUUACACGCCGCUGUCAGAGAGAAGUCGCGACGCGCACGGACGUGACGGCGGUGCGAGCAGAGAUCGCUGCUGCGGCCGCCAGCGUUGGAGGUCAGAGGACGGCGUGCGGACUUUUUACCGUGCAAGCUCCCGGUUGACUUCCCGAGGCGUCCAGGCUGACCCACCGAAAAAGAGACAUGGCCUCGAAGCGCUCACCCAAGCAGGAACUGCUCGACAUGGCUGCGCACUUUGGCGUGCCGGUCAACAGCGCAGACUUCGCUCGCUGCCUGGACAGCGUUGACCCGCUGAGGAGUUACCGAGAUCGCUUCAGCAUGCCCAAGAUGGCCGACCUGGAUACAGUCGACCCGUCGUUCAUCAAGGAUCCGGAUCAGAGCUGCGUCUACCUCGUCGGACAUUCUCUGGGACUUAUGCCCAAGGCGACCGAGCUUCACGUGAACAAGAUCCUCAACAACUGGGCCACACUAGGUGCAGAAUCUCACUUCCACGGAUACUUACCAGGAGCCUCCAGCGAGCUGGCACCCAAACAGAUGAUGGCCGACGUAGUGGGAGCUCAGCCCGAGGAGAUCGUUUUCAUGAAUGGACUGACCGUGAACUUACACUUGUUGUUGCUGACAUACUACAAGCCUGCUGGCAAGCGGUGCAAGAUGGUCAUAGAGUCGGAUGCAUUUCCGUCCGAUAUGUAUGCAGCCCAGUCACAGGUCAGCUUUCAUGGCUUGGACGUGGAAUCAAACCUCAUCCUACUGAAACCCCGCAAGGGCGAGCACCUCCUGAGAGAAGAGGACAUCCUGGAACUGAUCGAGAACGAGGGAGACACGAUUGCCGUCCUGCUCCUUCCUGGCAUCCAGUACUACACGGGGCAGCGGUUCAAUGUCAAGCGACUCACUGACGCCGCACGAAGCAAGGGCUGCCUGGUUCUGUGGGACAUGGCUCACGCUGUCUGCAAUGUGGAACUCAAGCUCAACGAAUGGGGCGUCGACCUGGCUGUCUGGUGCACCUAUAAGUACAUGAACUCUGGUCCGGGGUCCAUGGGCGUUGCGUUUGUGAGCAACGCAUUCCGCGAGACCAACCCUCAACUCCCUGCUCUGAGGGGUUGGUGGGGCAACCACCCCAAGACCAAGUUCGUGAUGAGACCUCAAUUCGACCCGUGUCCGUCGGCCGAUGUGUUCAAGCUGUCCAACUCCUCGCCACUCCUAGUGGGUCCAAUCAUGGCGACACUGGAGAUGUUCAAGGAAAUCAAGGAGUCCGACAGACUGCGGAAGCAGUUCCUGCUCACGGGGUACCUGGAGUUCCUGCUGACGGAAGAGCUGGGAGCCAGCCAUGACAUCAGCGACUCCACGCGCCCUUUCCACAUCCUCUCCCCCGAUGAUCCGAGCCAGAGGGGGUCCCAACUCAGCAUCCACCUGGCUGCACAGCCGCAUAUCACGCACCAAGAGCUCCAGCGCAGGGGGGUCCUGUGUGACCUCCGGAUGCCCUCCGUCGUUCGGUUGGCUCCGGCGCCCCUCUACAACAGCUUCACGGAUGUCUUCCGGUGCAUCAACAUACUGAAGGAGAUCUGCAACCUCCACCUGACCCAGGGAAAGCAGUGUGCCAACGAACCCUAAGAGUUGCCGAUGCUCGCACUCUUCCAAGAAAUCCAACCAGAGAUCAGUAGGGAAAGGACGAGGAAUGACCACAUUUGUUCGCAUCCGAGCGUAUCUGAGACCAUUGUCACAACGAACCAUAAGUGGUGCUGUUGGCAGUAGAACUUGGAGAAUGUUUUUGAGAAUAAUUUGUAACGAAGAAACAAAAGUAUAUUUUUGUUCCUUUUAGAAUUUAGAGAAAGACACCUAUGCAAGCGUCGGGUGAAGUAAGACAAUAAAGCAAAAGAUCUGGUCUGUUUUGGAUUAAGCUUUUACCAGAAACGGAGACGUUGCUCCUUGGAAUGUGUAGCACCAACAAAGACUAGGACGAGCAUGCGGUAUUCUGCGAAGCAAUGUAGUAUCAACCGUUUCUUUAACUGUUUUAUUGCGACAUCAUUUAACAUUGCAAAUAAAAUCGGGAGUCCAAUGUGC